AUCUGGCAACCCAGCUCCUGCCGCGCUCGUGAAAUCCCUCCUCCUCCGGCACCGUAACUUCCUGUAGACGCGGGCUUUAUUUUUAUACAGAAACAAUGGCGGCAUUAGGCUCAAAUAGUACCUCGGAAAAAUCAGGGAACGCGUCUGAAGCCCAGUCGGGACCGGAUAAUGAUUUUUGGGCGGUACAGGGUCCAGUGGUUCUGCGGGAUCCAGCGAUUAAAUUGCUGAGUCCUGUUAGCGGGGUUGAGCCUCUGUCGUGGGCAGAGGAUCACAGACUGGCGGCCUCCAGCGCUAACAGCGUGUCCAUCAUGGAGCUGGUGUGUGACAUACACAGUCUCAGUCAAAAUAUGGUGCUGCAUCGCAGUCACAUCCCCGUUCCGGACAGCCCUUUUCAUCUCAAGGUGGGCCCUGAAAAGGAAGUGCAGACUGUUAAAGAAAGCUUUGCAAAGAGUAAAGAUCCUGUAGUAAGCCAAAUGAUAUUGCUGGACAGAGCCAUCCAUCCUCAAAGUGGAUGUCUCCAUGGCGUGAAGUACACCAGCUGGUCACCAUUAGGCUGCGACAAAUAUGGCCGCUGUCUUCUUGCUUUCUUAACACUGGACAAUCAUCUCACAAUCCACAGCAGUCAUUUGCGAUUGCAGUGGACACCACUCCUGGACCUUACAGAACUUUAUGGAGAAAUGUUAAAAUCCAGGAACUAUUCUGCUCAGAAUGACGGCACACCGCCGAACUCUAUUAAAGACUUGGAUGAACUUCAACGGCGGUAUCGUAUGCAGAUGCCAGUGUGCAUGGAGUGGUCUGGUCUGUGCAGCAUGCAGCAAGUUCAGACCAAUAAUGCAUGUAAAGACGUUAACACUGUACUUCUGGCUGUACUUAUGGAGAAUGGAGAUGUAGUGGUGUGGCAGUUCAGCUUGCCCCCACAAGGAAAGGAUUCAGUAAUGUCUUGCAACACCAUAAAAUCUGGCGUGUCAUCGCCAAGUAUGCUCACCUGGUGGGAGUAUGAGCACGGUGGACGGAAAAUGAGUGGACUGAUUGUGGGCAGCUCAGAUGGACCUGUAAAGAUCCUUCCAGUCAACCUCAAGGCAGUGAAGGGUUACUUCACCCUCAGGCAGCCAGUGGUUUUGUGGCAGGAUAAGGACCAGAUACCAGUCCACAACAUCAGAUGCAUUACGCUCUUCCAUCCGCACCAGAAAUGCAACUGCAGCUUAGUGGUUGCUGCACGUGGUCCUUAUGUGUUCUGGUGCUUGUUGCUGAUCUCCAAAGCUGGUCUCAAUGUCCACAACUCCCACGUCACAGGCCUUCAUUCCACCCCUAUCAUAUCAAUGACAGUCUGUCAUAACAGUGGGACUAUUUUCACCUGCUCACUAGAUGGAAAGGUGAAAAGGCUCACGCCGGUUUUUACAGAUAUUGCUGUUGAGUUUAAACAGGAGGAGAUUGCUCUGCCAGAGGGAGUUGCGGGACGACGAAUACAUGGCAUAUCUGUCAGUCCAAAUGGUGCCUACUUGGCUCUUAUCUCCAAUGAGGGCAUGAUCAAUGGGCUCCAUCCAGUCAAUCGCACUUACCAGGUGCAGUUUAUCACCCUGAAGACUACAGAUGAAACGGCUGCUGAGCUGCUUGAGUCUCAAAUGCACAAUCUCUUCAGAAAGACCGACUUGCUGGACUUGCAACGUUGGCGGAUACUGAAGGACAAAAGCAUCCCUUCGGUUCUGCAGAACAAUCUAGAUGAGAAGCUCCAAACCUCAGGAUCCACCUACUUAUGGCGUCUCAAGCUUUUCCUCCUCCGGACGCUCUACAAGUCCAUGCAGAAAAGCCCUUCAGAGCACCUUUGGCAGCCGACUCACAGGGAAGAUAAAAUUGUGGAUGAGGAAGCGGGUGGAGGUGAAGAUGAGAUGGCAGAGAUCUCCACUCAAGAAGAGCUCAGGCAAGGCGAUGCCGAAAAGCAGUCCAGUGAGGAACAAAUGAGGGAGAUCAGCAGUAGGAUUGAAGAGGUGGAGUCCCAAUUGAUCCGCGAGAACAUGAAGAAGGUGUUGGGUGAGGUGUACCUGCACACCUGCGUCACUCAAAACACAUGUGUUCCUACCAAAGGUGUGUGUGACUUCCUCACAAAUGACCCUGCUAAUGAAGACAGGGCAGCAAAGGUGCUGAUAGGUCAUAUCAUGAAUAAGAUGAACAAACAGACAUUUCCGGAGUAUUGCAGCCUCUGUAAAGAAGUUCUGCCUUUCACAGACUGCAAACGAGCAGAGUGCAAGAAUGGGCACAGAUGGCUCAGGUGUGCGCUGUCAUAUCAGGCCUGUCAGGGUGUGACAUACCGCCGCUGUCUAUUGCAGGACAGUAUUGCCUCAGUAGCAGAGCCCGAGGAUUCAGACUGGAUCAAGAAAAUACUCCAAGGUCCCUGCAUCUUUUGUGACUCCCCUCUCUUCUAAAGCAGUGGGGUGAAAGAUGACAAAAUCUCCACGGCUGACUACUGAAUUACAUGCCACAUAAAUGCCUUUUAUUGCUUGAAAGAGAAGCCUUUGAAAGUCUAUAAAGUAUUCACUAAUUGUUUUGUAAUAUAAGACGUGGGAAAUGUUCUUCUCAACAGAUCUUUAUUUUAAAGCCAAGCUUGAGCUAAAAAGUGAUGUAUAACUUUUUAUAUCAUAACUAUGACUGUAUCUGUUAAUAAAUUAUUCUAUUCAAAAACAAAUUUUUCUGUUCAUGCUGUAUAUUUUUGAUUUGUUAAUACCAUGCUGCCACAACAUCCUACUUUUGCAUAAAAAACGCACGCUCUUCCCGUGGCUGAUUUUAAUUGCUUUAAAUAAAUCAAUUUCCUAAUUGGCUUUGGGAACAUUUCUAUGGAUCUGCAAACACCAACUCCCCCAUCUCCAAAUAAUGACUUUUCCUUGGCCCUAAAGCAAAAGAAGAUGACUGUACAAGGAAAUGAAAAACAGCGAGACCAAGAGAAAACUGUUUUAAAACUGGUCCAGCCCCUCCAAAGGGCCGAACUCUAAUGAGAUACAACAGUAAUGAGGAAUGGAUCCCAGUCGCAUAUGUGAUACCCAUUUUAAUUAAGAUAGUGAGCUUGGGUGCAUAUUGUUAAAUAUAGUUAGCCCUUUUUUUGUGGGUUGCAGGGAAGAUGCAUGCAGGCUGGUUGGACCCUCAGAAUGCUCUCCUCCAUAUCCGUUCUUAUCUCCGGUACAUCUUGUCGCCUUGCCCUGUGCUCUCUCUAGUGUCACUGAAGAUGAUAGCUCGCCUCAGGGCUAGUCGGCAGCCCUGUCUUAGGUUUCGGAUGGUAUCCCGAGAUAAAAAUGGCCCCUAAAUGACACACGAUUCUGCUCCCAUCUCUCGUUCGGCAUCAAAGAAAGCAUUCCAUACCAUCAAAAAGCUUGUUUAUGUAGCUUCUCUUGGUUUUAUUAUUCAUAGAGAGGGCCUUCAUUACAAUGCAUUCUGAAAUGUUGCCAUAUCAUUACAAUUGGUAAUGCAACAUGGAAGGGGUGUUUGAUUAUGAGGUAAUAAUGUGCAUUAUGUAUUAAUCAAAGAGCGACUAGAACACAAAGGCAGUGCUCAGAACCUCAAAUGCCGUCUGCUGCAUGUCACAGCAAAUUUGUUCACUGACAUAUUGCGAUAAGCAUCUAAUAACAUGAAUUUGAAAGCUGUUUUUAAACGAUGUAAUAGGAUGACGCAUUAAGAGAAAAUGAAAAGCUAUUUGGAUUUCAUUUGUGGACAUAAUACAGAGUGCAUAUUAAUAGUCGCAGGUGUUAAAUGUCACAGAUUAGAUUAUAACUGCAAACGUGACUGAAAUUCCAACUUUUUUUUCCGCCUGCCUCGUAUUUCCUCUCCUAGAUAUUAGAUUGUCAAAUGGAUCUUGGCCUUUUGGUUUGAGUGCUAACUUUGUUGAUAGGUGGAGACUUCUCCUGUUGAAGAGGUUAGCUCUGUUUGGCGGUACCUCCUACUUCUUUAAUAAAACAAUCUGUCAAAAAACAUUUCGACAAUAAUUACGGCCCCCUCCUCUUUCCUCUUUGUGUGUGCUCUUUCAAGACUUCAAAAGGAGGUUUCGUUCUUUUCUCUGUAUGAAAUAUUCAUAACUUCUGUGUUCGUGGCUUUGUGCUUUAAACAGAUAACAGACAGAUUUUUUAGAUUCUUUAAUCUUAUAUUCUUUUGUUAGUUAACAUAUUGUGAUAUACAUCACCUUCCGUUAAGCACCUAAUUUGUUGAGCCCAAACAAUAUGCUAAUCGUACCUCAUUCUCUCUUAACAACAUAUUUAGUCUAGUUUUUAUUUUUGUGCUACAAUUUCUCAGUUUUAUUUGUUGGAU